AUGCAAUAUCCCAAGAAAGCGGGGGUAGUGCACGGAGUAACGAUCGCGACAGCGAAAGAGGACAUGCUGGCGGGACUGCAAGCAGCCCCGCAACUCAUGCACCCUCUCUCUCUCGAACGCCCACUUGUCAACAAGCGCAAACAACCAGCUCACCGUCUCGCACAUCCAACACAUGUCCGACCUCCCACCGAGAGGUCAGGCUCCGCCCCACCAGCAAUACCACCAUCGGUUGCUGGCUCAUCGUCGAUUGGCGGUGAUGCCUUGCCAAUCUCGCCGGACCCUACCUUGACUAGGGCCACAUACUCGACGGUCGUGCCAGCUCGAUCUCGCCACAUGUCACCCCGCCGCAGGUCCCGUUCCACCACAGGGUCCGCCCAUUCGUCCGCAGAUGAGUCUGACUCAGGGGCGGCCCACCCCCAGGAGAUGGAGGUUGAGGGCACACAGGGAGGGGAGGAGGUCUUGAGGGACCCCUCCGUCGACCUUCUUCUAGGUCAAUACACCUUGAAGUUCCGAGACACAGUCGAGGAUCUUCCUGGCGAUCUUGAGGUAUUGACCACCUCCAUUGCGAAGGCCACAGACUGGGUUCUGCGGGCCACGCACCACAAUCCGCUCACCAUCGAUGGGGGCGAUGCCUUCGUGGCCCAGAUGACAUCCUUCGUGAACGCCGUCAUGGCCACCAAUUUUAGUCGUAUUCGCAGACCAGGCGAACUCGACAACUUCUCGCUCGCCUCUCUUCUCGAGGCUGAGACGUCUUCCAAGGAUGAGCCGACCAUCCACCCGGCUCCCGUAUUCAGGCCUCCUCCUCCUGCUGCCCGUGGGCCACUCGAUGAGGGUGUCGCUGGCGUAGGGGCUCCUCCCGAUGUCCUCAUGCAGGCACUGGAUGACCUCAGUCGCCUGGCCUCCCCGUCUCGCAUCCCCGCUUCUAAGAAGUGUAAGGGUGUCGAUCGUCCGGUUCCACCUCCCCCUCAGAAGAAGAGCAAGCCCAAGCCCCGUCCAAUGACGUGGGCAGGGAUCACACGACAGGCCGCUCCGAUGCCUCCCCUGCCUCCUGGCUUGGGACCGCAGCGUUGCGGGCCUUCUCCUCUGCCCCCCACAUUCCCAACGGGCCGGAUGAAGACUUCACCUCAUCGGUCCGUUCCCUCUUUUACUUCCGAGGGCCCCACCCGGAAGCAGGUUCUCGUGUCGUUCGGGGGUACCCCUCCCGACCUCACGAAAUUCUUCACCGAGUCGGCUGGAUGGUCGAUCUACGACGGUUUGUCGUUGGUCACCCCCGCUGUUGCCAGCCCGUCCGAUCUGGACAUCCUGCGCAACUUCAUCCAUGAAAGCCUCCCAACGGGUACUCCGUUCGAGGUUGCGCUCCCGUUGUCGACAUCUUUUAUAAAGAUACUCGAUGUUCCUUACUUCGAUCCGAAAGGGUUGAAGAUCACCCAGGAGGCGCUUGAAAAGGCCCUCCAUACCUCGGUUCACGCUGAGGUUUUUGCAUAUCUGAGCACCAAGCCUCGGAUAGAUCGCAACUCCGCACACUCGACAUUGUGCAUGGUCUACUGCAACAUUUGGGACUCCCAGCAGGGAACCCACGCCAAGAAGGCCUUAGGCCAACUGAUCUUCCUCGCUGGACGGUCCUGUGCAAUCAGGCCUGCCCAUGCGAGAUGUUGCAAGGGCAACGCGAAAGCAAAACCCCCUGUGCCGCCCACCCCUCACGACCAGCCCUGCCCCCAUAACGGCCGCUGUGUCAAUUGCCACAAGGACCAUGCCGCCAAUUCAGCGUCAUGCAAGUACUGGGCCCACCGCUACGAUCGUGAAUGGAUCAUGAACAAGUAUCGUCAGACUAAUGUUGGGAAACCUACAGGAUCUAAGUAG